GGACCGUGCCCCAGUGACAGGCAGAAGUGCGGAUGGAUCGUCCAGCUGGGAUUGUACGUUGUCAUUGUUUAUGGAUGAAAUGAUCCUGCUUUUAAGAACUGGCACCACAAACCUCUGGAUCCACUGUGUGUUCUGUUGAUGAGUGGGGUGAUGGCUGCUGGGAGCCGCCUCUUAGUACGCCAGCUAAGGCUAUGCUACCAGCGCACACUUUUCUGCUCUGUUUACACACAGGCAUCAAGCCAUGCCCAGGCCUGGGGACCGGUCUUUUAUAAGGCGCCGAAAUAUGGCCACAGAACAGCUUUGGUUGACCAACAUGGGCAGCACAGUUACCAGGAUCUAUAUCGCAGGAGCUGCGCCCUGUCCAAACAGAUAACUUCCCUGUUGGGCAAUCCGAGCAAUGAAACCCUCCCUGAACGAGUCUCUUUCCUUUGUCCUAAUGACUCCUCCUAUGUGGUCUGCCAGUGGGCAGCUUGGAUGAGUGGCGCCAUUGCUGUCCCUUUGUUUAAGAAUCACCCACCCCCUGAGCUAGAGUACAUCUUGCAGGACUCCCAAAGUUCUCUGGUACUAGCCGAGACAACAUAUGCAGAGGUUGUGGCACCUCUGGCUGAUAAGCUAGGCAUCGCAAAGCUUAAUAUACCAGAGUUAGCACAUUACAGUCAGUCAGGUGAGCUAAUGGAGGAGAACGCACCUGAAUUUGGCCUGGACUGGAAAGAGAGGGGAGCCAUGAUUAUAUACACCAGUGGGACCACGGCAAGACCAAAGGGGGUGCUCAGCACUCACCACAAUAUUACUGCUAUGGUAACAGCUCUAGUAGAGGAGUGGGCUUGGACCCAAACAGAUCGUAUCCUGCAUGUGUUGCCCCUUCACCAUGUUCAUGGCGUGGUCAACAAGCUGUUUUGUCCAUUGUGGGUAGGCGCCACUUGUGUCAUGCUUCCUGAGUUCUGCCCGCAGAAGGUAUGGGAACACUUUUUAAGCAGGGACGUUUCUUCAAUCAACAUCUUCAUGUCUGUCCCUACUAUCUACAGUAAACUGAUUGAAUACUAUGAUUGCCAUUUAUCUGGCCGACAUGAUAAAGACUUUGUGCGAGCAGCAUGCCGGGAGAAAAUCAGGUUAAUGGUUUCUGGUUCCUCGGCUCUGCCAGUGCCAGUUUUGGAGCGAUGGCGGGAGAUCACUGGACACACACUUCUGGAGAGAUACGGCAUGACAGAAAUUGGCAUGGCUUUAACCAACCCACUAAAUGGACCAAGAGUGCCAGGAUCAGUGGGCAACCCCUUACCUGGCGUAAGAGUCCGUAUCGUUACUGAAGUGCAGCAGAAACAUGGAAUGUCCUACACUGUCCUUGCUGAAGGAGAUGCUGAUGGAACCACGGUCUCUCCAGAAAUGGAGGACAAAGAAGGUGAACUGCAGGUUCGCGGGCCGGCUGUGUUCAAAGAAUACUGGAAUAAGGAGGAGGAGACGAGGAAGGCAUUUACACCUGAGGGCUGGUUCAAAACAGGGGAUACUGCAGUGUAUAAAGACGGAUCAUACUGGAUCCUUGGCCGAACCUCGGUAGACAUAAUAAAGAGCGGAGGAUACAAAAUAAGCGCAUUAGAAGUGGAGCGCCACCUCUUGGCCCAUCCAAGCAUUACAGAUGUGGCUGUCAUUGGAGUGCCAAAUGUCUACUGGGGGCAGCGAGUGUCAGCCAUUGUGAAACUUCGAGACGGGCAUACGCUUUCUUUGAAUGAACUGAAGCAGUGGGCAAGGGCAUUCAUGGCCCCGUACUGCAUUCCUGCUGAGCUCAUCAGGGUGGAAGAUAUUCCCCGAAACCAGAUGGGAAAAAUCAAUAAAAAGCAACUGCUGUCUCUGUUCUAUCUCAAACCAGAAGGGGGGAAUCAGACUAUACCUGCCUGAGCACACACUGAUAUACACCCUGGGAAACAACAAUACCACCGUAAGCCCUGUAUUCAGUGGUCUCAGUCACUAUACAGGCACAGUGGUGGGUUUCUGCACUUCUGUGUGCAGCUGGAUUCUGUAUGCAAUAAAACUGAUUGCCG